UUCCCCCUAAUUUUCACGCACAUUAUCGUCUCUGCGCAAAGAGUUAACCAAAACAUCGACCAAGACGCGGCUUUCCAGCAAGAAAUUCGACCAGAGGUUUGCUGCUCCAAAGGAGAUUCGAGAGGCCCGAUAUCAUCAAAUUUAUCACAAAGUUCAUCAAGGAAUUCAUUUGUUGGUGCUGCACAAAGGGUCACUUUUUGUUAUCUGUUCAAGGCUUGUAUUGGUGAACUUAAAAAGGAGAAAGGAAUUGAAGUUGUCUACUUGUUUGUGAAUAUUGAUGGAAAAAAGUUUGUUCAUGGAACACUCUUUGCUGAUAAGUUGCCUCAACAAUAGUUUUACUUAGUGUUUGAUAGAGAUUUCUAGCUGUUGCACAACUUUAAAAGUGCAAGUGUCUAUUUCUAUGGAUACAGGGCCAACAACCUAUUUGAAGAAUAUCCUUACACAAAUUUUUCAGUUUUGGAUGUAUCUCUUGUUCUUGAUUGCUGUAUUAUAUAGAUUCUCAUUUUGAAGUUGUAUUCCUUUGCUAUGUGUUUUUGUUGAUUCGCGCUGGGCCACAGGGAGAAUCAGGUAACCAUUGUUCAAUGAUCAUCUUCCUUCAUUUCAUAAUUCCAUGCUACCUUAUUUGCUGCACAUCUUCUUUUCACAUUUUCUGAU